AUGUUUUUAGCCAUAGAUGCAGACGUUAGGCUGGAAGAAGAGCUAAAGCAUUUGAUGACGAGGGUGAAGCGAAAUGUUAACGAAAAAUUCGAAAAUAAACGCAAGAAUAAUGGCACGGUAAAAUUUUACCACACUGUGGAUGAAUUGAACGAAGACACGUUAAAGAAUUCAAAUAUCUCUGGAACAAUAGAAGCAACGAAAGUGGUAGGUGUUAAGGUACCAAAAAUAUCAAGGAGAACUAGUGCAAUGGACAGCAAAAAUGUAACAGGCAUUAGCGAUUUACAUAUCGAAUUUAAUCAACCAAAAGAUUACGAUCACCAAAUAGUUGAUAAUAAAAUUGAUUCUCCAACACACAUCGCAAGUGGGAAUAUUAGUUUGGCGAAGGAACUAUUCUCUGCAUUUAUAGAGAAUUCAGGAAAAGCGCCGAGCAGCAACAGUUCACCAAAUUACUUCGAAGCAUCAUCAAAUUCGAAUAACCGCCCGAAAAAGACUCCAAGUGAAAUAUUUAACACAUUUGAAAACGAUAAUCGGAUGUCCGACGUGGAGUUAAAAAUGCACGAUAACUUCUUAAAACAAUUACUGAAAUUAAAAACUAUGAACGCG